GAGCUUCCCGUCCAACUCCCCCCCGGGUCCCCUUCCCGGGCCCCGCCAUGGGCUCGCUGUUCCGCGGCGAGCCGCUGUGCCUGGCGCAGCUCUUCUUGCAGAGCGGCUCGGCCUACGAGUGCCUCAGCGAGGUGGGAGAGCGCGGCCUGGCCGAGUUCCGAGACCUCAACCCAAAUGUAAGCGUAUUUCAGAGAAAAUUUGUGAAUGAAGUAAAGAAAUGUGAAGAAAUGGAAAGAAUACUUGGGUAUUUAGUACAAGAAAUUAAAAAGGCGGAUAUUCCUCUUCCUGAAGGAGAUGUUGCUCCUCCUGCGCCCUUGCUGAAACACAUUUUAGAAAUCCAGGAACAGCUGCAGAAGCUGGAGACAGAAUUGAGGGAAGUAAAUAAAAACAAAGAAAAGCUGAGGAAAAACCUGCUUGAACUGACAGAAUACACGUGCAUGUUGGAUGUCACACAAACGUUUGUCAGGAGAACAGCAGAGUAUGAAUCCCAUUUACACAUGAAUUACGAAGAAUUUCCAUCUGUGGAAAACGAGCCGUUUGUGGAUUACAACUGUAUGCAUAGACUGGGUGCCAAGCUUGGAUUUAUAUCUGGGUUAGUUCAUCGAGCAAAAGUUGAAGCAUUUGAAAAAAUGCUGUGGAGAGUCUGUAAAGGUUAUACGAUUCUUACGUAUGCAGAGUUGGAUGAAUGUCUGGAAGAUCCAGAUACAGGUGAAACCACAAAAUGGUUUGUUUUUUUAGUGUCCUAUUGGGGUGAACAAAUUGGCCAGAAAGUUAAGAAGAUUUGUGACUGCUAUCACUGUCAUGUGUAUCCCUAUCCAAAUACCAUGGAUGAGCGCACGGCAGUUGUUGAAGGACUAAACGUUCGUAUUCAGGAUCUUCGUACUGUGCUAUAUAAAACCGAGGAUUACUUACGCCAAGUUUUGUGUAAAGCAUCUGAAUCCAUCUAUACGUGGGUUAUCCAAGUAAAGAAGAUGAAAGCCAUUUAUCACGUACUCAACUUGUGCAGUUUUGAUGUCACAAAUAAAUGUUUAAUUGCUGAGGUUUGGUGUCCAGUGGCUGAUCUGCAGAACUUGCGCCAUGCAUUGGAGGAAGGUUCGAGGAAGAGCGGAGCCACAAUUUCUUCAUUCAUGAAUACCAUCCCAACAACACAACCCCCUCCAACUCUGAUACGUACCAAUAAAUUCACCUCAGGGUUCCAAAAUAUCGUUGAUGCUUAUGGAGUUGGAAACUAUGGAGAAGUUAAUCCAGCUCUCUAUACCAUCAUCACUUUUCCCUUCUUGUUUGCUGUUAUGUUUGGAGACUUUGGGCAUGGUCUGCUGAUGUUCAUCUUUGCACUCCUGACAAUACUGUAUGAAAACCAUCCUAGGUUACAAAGAUCACAGGACGAGAUAAUGAAGAUGUUAUAUGAAGGCAGAUACGUUAUUUUAUUGAUGGGUUUGUUUUCUGUAUACACUGGACUGAUCUAUAAUGAUUGUUUUUCAAAAUCAUUAAAUAUAUUUGGUUCCGGAUGGAAUGUUUCAGCAAUGUUUGAGCAGAAGGUUUGGCGUCUUGAAGAUCUGAAGUCUAACCAAUUUUUAACGCUGGAUCCAAAUGUUACUGGUGUAUACAACGGAGCUUAUCCCUUUGGAAUUGACCCGAUCUGGAAUUUGGCAAGCAACCGUCUCAGUUUUUUAAAUUCUUUCAAAAUGAAAAUGUCUGUGAUUUUUGGAGUAGCUCAUAUGACAUUUGGAGUUGUAUUGGGGGUAUUUAACCACUUACAUUUCAAGAAGAAGUACAAUAUUUAUUUGGUUUUUCUUCCUGAACUCUUAUUCAUGAUGUGCAUCUUCGGCUACCUUGUGUUUAUGAUCUUCUUUAAGUGGUUAGCAUACUCUGCAGAGGACUCUACAUCUGCUCCUAGCAUUCUGAUUGAGUUUAUUAACAUGUUCCUGUUUCCUGGUGGUGAAACAGAUGUCUUUUAUACUGGGCAGGUUGGUCUACAGAGGUUUUUACUGAGUCUUGCUUUCCUUUCUGUUCCUGUAAUGCUUUUUGGAAAACCACUUUAUUUAUAUUGGUUGCACAGUGGAAGACGAGGCAUUAGAACGUACAGGAGUGGCUACAAGCUAAUACGAAAAGAGAGUGAAGAAGAACUCUCUUUGCUGCGAUCUAAUGAUGUGGAAGAAGGAAGCAGUCAUUCAGACAGUGGGCACAGAGAAGGGGAUGAAGAGGAGUUUAAUUUUGCAGAUGUUUUCAUGAAUCAAGCAAUUCAUACCAUUGAAUACUGUCUCGGAUGCAUUUCUAAUACAGCCUCAUAUCUGAGACUCUGGGCAUUAAGUCUUGCUCAUGCACAAUUAUCAGAAGUUCUGUGGCAAAUGGUGAUGAGAGUGGGUCUUCGCGUGGAUACAACAUAUGGUGUCUUACUGCUAGUCCCCGUUCUAGCCUUUUUUGCUGUGCUAACCGUUUGUAUUCUUUUGGUAAUGGAGGGGCUUUCUGCUUUUCUCCAUGCUAUACGACUUCACUGGGUGGAAUUUCAGAACAAAUUCUACACUGGUGGAGGAUACAAGUUUACGCCCUUCUCUUUUAAGCACAUUUCUUUACAUUUUAAUAAAGAUGAUAUGGCAUAGUUUGGUUGCUGUCAGCAGAAGUGUUUGGGAUUGUCUGUUCUAGUAGGACAGUGUUUUUCACUGAUUGCCUUAUAAUGCAGCCAAAUAAUUUUGUAAUAUAUACCUCCCAUAGAACUACAUAAAAAAUUUGGAGCAUCUUGUAAAGUAUAGGUAUAAACUGUACAUUUUUCUUUUUAAACUAAUGUUGUAAAUUAAUUUUAUUCUUAAAAAAAAGUGUUACUGCUUGUCCUAAAACCAGUGUAGGCUUUUUUUUGUUGUUGUUGUUAAAGCUGUUUAUUUUCUUGACCAAUUAAUUAUUCCUAAGUUAUCUGAAAGACUUUCUUCAUAUUCAACAUUCAUUACUACUCAUAUAUACUUAAGCAGGCUACCAUCUCAUGUACGUUGGGAACAAUUUAGCAAUGCAACAGAAGCAGCGUCUGUUUUCAGUAUUUAUUCCAGAAGGAUAACAUAAUAUAAACUUGUACAUAGUAACAUGACGUGCUCUUCUUUGGCCGUAUUUAAAAUUGCACUGAAAAUGUUAACUUUAUGUUCAGAGUUCUGCCCUGAAUUACUACUACUUUAAUAUCUCAGAAGCCACAGUCAGUGGUACAGAAGGAAGCAGGACUAGGCGUGGGGACUUGAAGUAUCAGCAUUAUUACUUCUCUAUAGUGAAGAAUUUUGUGAUACCUGCUGGUCAUCUGUAAAGCACCUGCAGUGAUCUUGAUGGGUAAAAGCUUCAGAAAAAGUUUGCAUUGUCUAAAAGCUUUUUAUGCAAUGUGGCAUCGUCAUGUGGAAAGUUUCUACUCCUAUGAACAAGUUUCUCACCCAGAAUGAAGAAUGGGUCUUAAAAUCAGAUGUGCUUAUGUUUGGCUACCCCGUGACAGGAAAGUCUGGUUGGUCUCAUGAUGAACCGAAACUGUUUUUACACAGCGGGAUGGGGGGAGGCUGCAAAGGGGUCCUUUUUUUUUUCCAUGUGUAACAAUGGGGAUAUUGCCAUAACGCUUAACAGCUGUGAAAGGGAGAUAUUGCCAUACUGUUUAAUAACCGUGCCAGUUAAAAUUUGCACUUAUUUCAUACUAAUUCCGAAUAAAACACUCUUUACGUUGUUCA